UCUUCCGCUUCCCAUCUUCUGUCCAUUACCCGUGCUGCCUGCCGUCGUACCACCAGCAACCACCGCCUGAUCCACGCCCCACCAUGUCCGACCCAAAAUUGCCUCACGACGCGACCUUUGAUCGUACCAUCACCAAUGACCGCGCUAGCGUGACCGCCUCCGCCAACGGAGGGGGCUAUCGUGGAGGCGAGGGAUUCAGGCGGUUUGUGACCCCCGGCGGAUCGCCUGAGGAUAAUUCUCAGCCCGCUUUCCCAGUCUUCCACCGAAAGUUUGGUAACCCUGCCCCCCUUGGUCUUCUCAGUUUCGCUGCGACCACAUUCUUGCUUUCUCUGCUGAACCUUAGCACCCGAGGCAUCACUGUGCACAACGUCAUCCUCGGUAUGGCUAUGGGCUACGGCGGCCUUUCCCAGAUCAUUGUCGGUAUCGAAGAGUGGGCUUGUGGUAACACCUUUGGUGCCACUGCGUUUUGCUCUUACGGUGGUUUCUGGAUCUCCUUCGGCAUUCUCUACAUUCCUCAGUUCGCGGUUCUCGACUCUUACACAGACCCUACUAUGCUUGACAACGCCUUGGGUCUCUACCUCGUCACCUGGGCUCUCGUCACCUUUAUCUUUGUCCUUGCAUGUCUUCGAUCGUCCAUCGCUCUUAUCACUGUCUUUGUCUGCCUCGACAUCACUUUCUGGUUGUUGGCUGCUGGCUAUCUCGGGCCAAGCACCAAGUGUACCACUGCUGGAGGUGCUUUCGGUCUUAUCACUGCCGCCGCGGCUGCCUACACCGCUCUGGCCGGCAUGCUCACCAAAGACACGAGCUACUUCCUUCUUCCUAUUGGCGACCUCAGUCGUUAAGAAGCCAUAUGUUGUCAUGCUUGCGGGGCAGUAGCUGUAAUUGGUCAGGGAAAAGUUCAUUCUGACGGAUCUUUUAUUAUUGAAAAAGCAGAGGAGACAGGAGAAUCUCGGAUCUCCGAGUGGAUAGUUGGCACAUAU